CCGCUAAUCUAGUUCCACAUACAAGCAAAUGCAAACUGUUUCCUACGCGUCUUUUAAUUUUUUCCUCCUUCAUUUCCCAUAAUUACUUAAUUUAAUUUCACCUAUUUUUUUAUUAUUUGUUAAUUUAUCAGUCAAAUAUUUUCCAUAAUUUUCUGGAAGGAGAAGGAAGAUUAAAGGGUUUAGGAACGAAAACUGGUUUCAUUCAUCUCUCCGUUCUGGAGAGAGGAACCACUCUCUCUCUCUCUCUAGAAUCUGGAUACGCAUUUUCAUUAAUUUUUUUCCUUUUCAAUUUUCUAUUUAAAUUAACAAAAAAAAAAAAACAAGAUUUUAGUUUGUCUGUGUUGUUUGUUUGUGUUUGUGAGAGAAGAGAGAAUUCAGUUGUGUUGUGUCGUGUGUGAUUUUCUGAGAAUACGAGAUGAGUUGUUUUUCAUGCCUGUUUUCUCGCCGGAAAGAUGUAAGCAGGGUUGAAAUUGAUGACAAUGCCACUCGAUCUGGUUCUUCUUCAGGGAAUGGGGGUGUGAAUGCUGCUGCUGCUGCUACUGUUAUUGGGGUGAUUGCAGAUGGUGAGAGGAAGAGGGAGACCAAGGGGAAGGGGAAGGGUGUGAGUAGUAGCAAUGGUAGCAGCAAUGGCAAGACUGCUGCGGCUAGUUUUGGCUUUCGCGAGCUUGCCGAUGCAACAAGGAACUUUAAGGAGGCCAAUUUGAUUGGAGAAGGUGGUUUUGGAAAAGUUUACAAGGGUCGUCUCACGACUGGCGAGGCUGUUGCUGUAAAACAAUUAAGUCAUGAUGGUCGUCAAGGUUUUCAGGAGUUUGUGAUGGAGGUUCUUAUGUUAAGCCUGCUGCACCAUACCAAUCUUGUUAGGUUAAUUGGUUACUGCACUGAUGGUGAUCAGAGGCUUUUGGUUUAUGAGUACAUGCCCAUGGGAUCCUUGGAAGAUCAUCUUUUUGAGCUUAGCCAUGACAAAGAGCCCCUAAAUUGGAGUACUCGGAUGAAGGUUGCUGUAGGAGCUGCUCGUGGCCUUGAGUAUCUCCAUUGUACAGCAGAUCCGCCUGUUAUCUAUCGAGACUUGAAAUCUGCAAACAUCUUAUUAGAUAAUGAAUUCAACCCGAAACUGUCUGAUUUUGGGCUUGCUAAGCUUGGACCUGUUGGAGACAACACUCAUGUUUCAACCAGAGUGAUGGGUACAUAUGGCUACUGUGCUCCAGAGUAUGCUAUGAGUGGCAAGUUAACUCUUAAAUCUGAUAUCUACAGCUUUGGUGUGGUUUUGCUGGAGUUGCUCACUGGACGCCGAGCAAUAGAUACUAGCAGAAGACCUGGAGAGCAAAACUUAGUUUCAUGGGCUCGCCCAUAUUUCAGUGACCGGAGAAGGUUUGGACACAUGGUUGACCCUCUUCUGCAAGGACGCUUCCCAUCGCGCUGUUUGCAUCAGGCAAUUGCUAUAACUGCUAUGUGUCUCCAGGAGCAACCAAAAUUCCGUCCACUUAUCACCGACAUUGUUGUUGCACUGGAAUACCUAGCUUCUCAGGGUAGCCCUGAAGCCCAUUAUCUAUAUGGUGUGCAGCAACGACCUUCGAGGAUGGAAAGAAAUUAAUUUUCACAGUUACCAGAUUCAUAGCUUGAGUUCCAUUUCUGUAUAUGAUUUUGGGUACAGAUUUUCCUUAUCAGCUUCAUCAGUGUAAGCAAUCAAAUCAACUGCCCUAUUUAAAUGUUAAAUAUCAUUGCUCUAGAUAACUUAUUGGCAUAGCUUUAUUGAAGAUAAACUUCUUGCUAUAGCAGUAGUGAACAUUUAUUCUUGUGGAUCUAUCAAUUUGCAAUGGACCCCAGUUUAUGCUUA